GUAAGUUAUUGUUUAAACCAGUGAUUCGGUUAAAAAAUGCUGAAGCUGCUAAUACCGUUAUGUGUACUUUAUAUCGGAUUGUGUUAUGCAACACCGAGUUGUCAUGAGUUACAAAAAUCGCAGUUGGCAUCUCUAAAUGAACGAAUCACUCAAAUGCUUAGUUCACUUUACACAUCACCGAAAGCGCAGUCAUCAACGACCACAUCAGAGACCGCAUCAAACGCUACACCCACAGACGAAUAUCCGAGCACUCCAUACGAUGCCACUUAUUAUCCCUAUCACCCAGCGUAUACGGUGCCGGCGCCUCAAGUGAUAUACGUAUCCCCACCUCAAGCGACUCCAUAUCCAUUUUAUCCACAACCUCCUAGGCCGAGCGUAGGUACAACACCACCAGCACCGAAUCCUUAUUAUCAUUUAGAAUCAGCUGGACAGCCAUUAGAUCCUUACCGAGGAGUUGCUCCAAUUGCACCGAAAUCGCCGAUAACACAUUAUUAUGAUCAUUAUCAAUACCCGCCUUCUAUGCAAUAUCCUCCACCUCCACCUCCACCUCCACCAUACGCGCCAACUCCUUAUCCAUCAGCGUAUCAAUCAUCGUAUCCGUAUUCCUGGGAGUACAGUACUCCCUAUCCGGAAUAUCCUGUAGUACCACCAUAUUCACCUAAGCCCGUAUAUUCGGCUCCCGUUCCCGCGCCCCCACCAUCAUAUCAGCCGCUUCCAGCAUUUUUUCCCCCCACUUCUUAUCUCCCACCACCGUAUUAUCCAAAGCAACUUGAAAUGCAACCUCCCCCAUAUUAUGCCUAAUAA